CUUCUCCAGGGCUCAAACUUCCACAUUUCCCGCAGAGAGAGACAUGGGAAUGUGUUUAAGACCCACCUUCUCGGGAAACCCGUGGUCCGAGUGACGGGAGCAGAAAACAUCCGGAAGAUUCUCCUGGGAGAACACAGUCUGGUCUGCACUCAGUGGCCUCAGAGCACCCGCAUCAUCCUGGGGCCCAACACACUGGUGAACUCCAUCGGAGACCUGCACAAGAGGAAGAGGAAGAUCCUGGCUAAAGUGUUUAGCCGCGGCGCUCUGGAGUCCUACCUUCCUCGGCUGCAGGAAGUCGUGAAGUCUGAAAUCGCCAAAUGGUGCUCGGAGCCGGGAUCCGUCGACGUCUACAGCGCCGCCAAAUCUCUGACUUUCCGGAUCGCCGUCCGGAUCCUUCUGGGUCUGAAGAUGGAGGAGGAGCGGAUCGUUUACCUGGCGCAGAUCUUCGAGCAGCUGAUGAACAACCUGUUCUCUCUGCCUGUCGACGCUCCACUCAGCGGGCUGCGUAAGGGCAUCAAAGCCAGAGAGAUCUUGCACGCCAACAUGCAGAAAAUCAUCGAGGAGAAGAUGGCGCGGCAUCAGGCGGAGGAGGAAUUUCAAGACGCCUUCGACUACAUGCUGUCCAGCGCUAAGGAGCUCGGACAGCAGAUCAGCAUCCAGGAGCUCAAGGAAACCGCAGUAGAGUUGAUCUUCGCGGCUCACUCCACCACCGCCAGCGCCUCCACGUCUUUAAUCCUGCAGCUUCUUCGCCACCCGAUGGUAGUGGAAAGAGCCCGAGUGGAGCUGGAGGCUGAGGGACUCGGAUACGAAACAUUCAGUCCACCUGGGGUCAGGACGGAGAAAGAAGAAGAAGCUUCGGAAACCAGCGGGCUGCUGAGCUGUCAGAACCUCGGGGACGGUUCCCCUCAGUCUCACAUCCCGUUCCUGAGCCUGGAUAAACUGAGUCAGCUUCGGUACAUGGACUGUGUCGUCAAAGAGGUUCUCCGCUUCCUGCCUCCGGUCUCUGGAGGAUACCGCACGGCCCUGCAGACGUUCGAAUUAGACGGAUACCAGAUCCCCAAAGGCUGGAGUGUGAUGUACAGCAUCAGAGACACCCACGAGACGGCCGCGGCCUUCCAGAGCCCCGAGAUGUUCGACCCGGAUCGGUUCGGCCCGGACCGGCAGGAGAGUAAAUCUAACCGCUUCAGCUACGUGCCGUUCGGAGGCGGCGUUCGGAGCUGCGUGGGGAAAGAGCUGGCUCAGAUCAUCCUAAAAACUCUGGCUGUGGAGCUGAUCGGGACCUGCAAAUGGACUCUGGCCACGGAGAGCUUCCCCAAAAUGCAGACAGUGCCGAUCGUGCAUCCGGUCAACGGGCUGCACGUGAACUUCACUUACAACCAACCGCUCUAGAUCACUCCAGAUUGACAAUAACGUUGACUUGGACUGACUUUGACUCCACUCCCAACACCAAGAGGAGAGACUCUUCUGGAAAAACCUACCAAGGAGGUACGAUGGUGCACUGAGGGAGCAGACCAGGCCAACACGGACAUGAAGAAGGGGUUCAUGUCAUCAUCUCUGCAGGGGUUGGGUCCAAACCUUCAACAAACACUUCCUGUCGUAGCACACGUUUAUUUUUAGCCACCUGAUGCAUAUUUAAGUUAUUCUUUUCCUGGCAUGUCUUUGAACAGAAGCUCUGGGUUUGCUUUGAGGAAGCGCCCGCUGAAUGGACUGCAAGCACACGUCUCUUCAGAGAUGAAUCACAAAAUGAAAAGGGUCUGGGCUCAAUAGGUCAUAUUCAUCUGGAAAGCCAAAUUGACCUAUUUUGUUGAGUCAGACCCUUCACUCAGCUUUGGGGUUUUCACAUUUUGUUUACCUCUUGUCCUCUCUUAUCUCGUCCACAAGGCGCCUUUUUUCAAUUGAUUCCAAAAAGAAAAGAGGGCUUGCCUUCUACAGAAAAAUGUAUUCAAUGAAUCGCUGGUAGCUGCUGCCAGAGAAAGGCGCUAUGUGGACACGGGCUGAAUAAUUGAUAUCAUUUCUGUGCUGAAUCAGACGGUAUUUCACUCCACUUAUACUCACAAACAUGCAGCCGGUAAAAGUCUUCCACUCCAGGGACUUCAUCUCCAAUUUACAGGCAUUAAAACCAGUCAUGCUCUUUAUAUUUGUACAUAUCUCAUAACCUGAAUUCCCUUUGAGCAAGGCACUGGAUGUCUGCCAGCUCAAUGGACUACACUCAAUAGAAUUAAUCUGAUUAAAGUCAGAACACUAUUGGAGAAUAUUUCCAGACCCUCGCUGAACACAUGCAACCUCCCAAGCAUUCAAACUGUUCUGUUUUCUGAACAUGAAUGUAGUAUAUAUCCUCAACAGUGCUAUUAUGUGUGUAUCAAAUGAAGUAGCAUUCUGAAUAAGCUGUAUUUAAAAUGCAGAUGUAUCACUUAUGGUGUACUUUUACUCUGUAAUAAUAUUUGCGUGUGUAAGUAUGAAUAGAUAACUAACCUGUAAUGUCCAUAACACUUUGUUUCACUGCUAGAUAUAUUUCACUGUGUAGAGAAGCAUAUAUAGAGAGUAAAGUUAUUAUUAUUUUUAUUAUUAUUGGUCUAAAUUUAGGACUGUUCUGUCUAAUAGACGCUGUGAAAUCUGAACGUACGGAUGGAUUUGUGGAAGGAGAUAGCACUUUCUCCGCUUUAAGGAGUCUGUAUAUAAGUGUAUGCAUUCAUGAGUGUCUGUGAUGUAGCUGCUGUAAGUGGAU